AUGAAGUCCCUUCUUCAGUUAGGUGGUUUCAACUUGACAAAAUGGACGUCAUUAUCGAGAGCUGUGAUAACAGCUUUACGAGAAUUCGGCUCCGCGUCGCCAACCCUAGAUCUGGACUUGGAGAAACUCCCUGUGGAAAGAACGCUGGGAGUAAUGUGGGACAGCGAGAGAGAUAUGCUGACAUUCAAGAUUUGGAAGCCGUCGAACCACGAGACACUCACAAAGCGAGCCUUCCUAAGCAUCAUUUCUAGUGUCUAUGACCUGCUGGGACUAGUCGCACCUGUUAUCUUCAUAAUGAAGUCCCUACUCCAAGACAUCUGGACAAACGAAGAACGGAUUGGUUGGGAUGACGUUUUACCUGAAACACUGAGCCAACGUUUCUAUUGCUGGUAUGACCAUCUGGAAAAUAUGGAGUCUCUGUCAGUUCUGAGAUGCUUCCGUUUUAAACGAGGACGUUGGACUCAACAGCACCUCCACGUCUUCACGGAUGCAAGCUUCAAAGGUUACGGAGCAGUGGCCUAUUUCCGCACUGUAUUAGAAGAUCAGUCCAUCAAAGUGUCUUACGUUAUGUCGAAAACACACGUCACGCCGGUGAAAGGCCUCACGAUUCCACUUUUAGAGCUCCAAGCGGCAGUAGAAGGUCUCAACAUCGCCCAAACGAUUUGUCAUGAGCUGGAAAUCGAUUUGCGGCAAAUAACCUUCCACUGGGACUCACAAACGGUGUUGCGGUGGAUCCGUUCCAAAACCUGCGUAUUUGAAGUCUUCGUCAACAACCGCAUUGGAAAAAUACUCCGGAACACAGGUCAUCGACAAUGGCGUCAUGUUGCUGGAGACUUAAACCCAGUGGACCUCUGCAGUAGGGGUAUCGAUCCAAAGGAUGUCAACAAAUUGGUCUACUUCCAUUGA